ACAAAACCCUACUUCUCCCCCAUUUACUCCACCAUUGAAAGAAGCUUCUAGUUUCUCUGUUAAAAGCAACAAAAUCAAAACAUGGCAAAGCGUUUAAUCCCUUCAUUCAAUCGCAUUUUGGUCGAGAAAAUAAUUCCUCCUUCUAAAACCACUUCCGGAAUCUUACUUCCCGAGAAAACCUCUAAGUUGAAUUCUGGGAAAAUCGUAGCAGUUGGACCAGGAGCACGAGACAAAGAUGGGAAAUUCAUCCCGCUUAAUCUAAAAGAAGGAGAUACUGUUAUUUUGCCUGAAUAUGGUGGCACUGAAAUCAAGCUCGGUGAAAAAGAGUAUCACUUAUAUAGAGAUGAUGAUAUAUUGGGAACACUUCAUGAAUGAUUUCAAGCACUGCCAACUUUCGAAGCAAUGAAACAUUGAUUCAAAUGUGUUGUGUUAGGCUCUUCUAGAACAACAACUACAACAAAUGGUUUGUCUUUUUGGACUUUGACCUUGUAUUUGUUUUUAAGACAAUUAUGGAUAAGCCAUGUUUUCAAGCAUCCAAUUUUUGAUGGAACCAUCAAUAAAAUGUUUCCUAGUA